AUGACAUUUGGAGAUUGCUAUAAUGUGACAUUAUUCACAUUGCUGGGUCUGAUUGAUGAUCAGGACUUACAGGUCAGAGUCAGUGUAUUACUUAUAUUUGCCUAUGCCAUUAUAUUUUUAGGAAACUUCACCAUCAUCGCUCUUUUUUCGGCAGAUUCCCAUCUGCGCUCUCCCAUGUACAUUUUCUUAUUUAACCUUUCCAUCAUUGACAUCGCUUCCUCAUCAACUAUUCUGCCUAAACUUUUUAAUAUGCUCUUCACAAAACAGAACAAGAUUUCAUUUGCAGGAUGUAUAACUCAGAUGUAUAUCUUUAUGUCCCUGGCUCUUACCGAGCUUCUCCUACUCACAGCCAUGGCAUAUGACCGCUAUGUGGCAAUCUGUCACCCUCUUAAUUAUAUUGUUGUAAUGAGUUUUGCAGACUGCAUUGGUCUCUCAGUUGCUUCUUGGCUUGUGGGCUUUAUGGACCCAAUUGGACAUGCUGUCCUUAUAUCUAAUAUGAAAUUUUGGGCAGAUCAUCCUAUUGACCAUUUCUUUUGUGACAUAUCCCCAUUGCUGAUGAUUGCAUGUAGUGAUAUAUCCAUGGUGGAAAUGUUAGACUAUAUUGAAGGGUUUCUGGUGGCAUUUCCUACAUUUCUGCUUAUAUUAGUUUCAUAUAUAUAUAUUAUUUCCUCCGUUCUAAAGAUAAAAUCUGCAGAAGGGAAACAUAAAGCUUUUUCCACCUGCACCUCCCAUCUAACCUGUGUGAUCAUUUAUUAUGGGACUAUGCUCUGUUUGCAUAUGAAACCUACAUCAAGUUAUUUCCCAAAACUGGACAAGCUCUUCGCUCUGGUGUAUGCUGUUUUGGUGCCUAUGCUAAAUCCUUUUAUUUAUUGUCUGAAGAACAAAGAAGUAAAGAAAUCAUUACUCAAUUUUAAGAUUACAUUUUUUAUAAAAGGUUUGUAG